AUGCAAUGUGCAGUGGAUAGCGGCUAUCUUGUCGCGAACGAGUGCAUAGCCAUAAUGUCUGCUAUGCGGAAGAGUUCGCGGCAGACACACUCUGGUAUUGCUGCUAUUCUGGGAACGCAGAACGAGGACGGCGACACGACGUUGAGCGAGCGGCUGGGCCUCCGAACAUCCAACAAGGUCAACGUGUCCACGACUAGCCAGCCGCUGAUUUGGGCCUUUGCAAAGUUACGGUCCGAGAUCGAAUCUAAGAACUUCAGUGAUCUGACCGCAGUUGCGCUUGUUGACCCCUUCAUUGCGGUCAUCAAAGCCCCCAGCACCACGGGGGCCAUAACAUCUCUUGCUCUCUCGGCAUUGGAGAAAAUGGUGGUUUUGAAGGUCAUCAACACAAAGAUGCCAGACAUUGGUGAGGCUUUGUACAAAGUUGCGAUGGCCAUCACCAACUGCCGGUUUAGAGCCACCGACCAGUACGAGGAUGAUGCGGUGCUCGUCCAGCUUAUGGGUGUUUUGGACAAGAUUAUUGUGUCUGAACUAGGGCUGGGACUCUGCAAUGAAGCUGUAUGUGAGCUGGUCGAAACUUGUCUUAGUAUGGCGUGCCAAAUGAGACGCGGCGAUGCCCUUCGCCGCUCGGUGGUUUCCACUGUAACUGGACUAAUGAGGUUAGUGUUUAGCCAGCUGCCGUUUGAGGACCAAGGCAGCCGAGACUUUGGUGACGAUGUUCUGAAUAUCGAGAGUCCUAUGCCUCAGAAUGAUAUGAGUAGUGGCAACACAGCUGGUACUUUUGCCGCUACCGAUUCAACGACUGCUGAAACAGACUCGGUGAACGGGGACGCGGCUAGCAUUGCGGCCAGCACUACAGAUGGCAACCCGUCGCAGCAGGCGAACGGAACCGACAAGAAAGAGAUUGAUACCGCACCAUUCUCAACCCCGGCAAUCUUAGAAACAUUUCGCGUGUUGGUUAGCAUCACAAACCCCCAAAGUCAACACGCCUACACUGAUUCGACCAGAGUUAUGGUUCUACGCAUUCUCCGUGUAUGCUUCGAGAUUGCAGGUAGAGGAAUAGCUCAGCAUUCUGCAUUUGUGACCUUGAUUUCCGCCCAUCUGUUCAAGUAUUUGGCUCAACUGGUCCGCCGCGAGCACCCGGCUCUUGUUUAUGAAUCAUUACAACUCGUGGGCUUAAUUAUGGAGACUGGUGGACAGCACUACAAGCUGCAGCUUGAAUUCAUUCUCGCCUAUUUGCUUGGCGCUUUGGCUCCUCUCACGGAUUUACCUCGUGACACCUCGAUGGAUGACAUCUUUUAUGACGGUAUUGUCGUCCGCCCGGCAUGUGUUAAGCCGCCUGGUCCUAAUGCGACUUCGCGUGCUCCAGAAAUUCGUGAGAUCAUGGUUGAGACGCUCACUCGAUUCUCCCAUGGCGUGUCCUUCUUCCCGUCUUUGUUCGCAAACUAUGACUGUGAUACCUCACAAACAGACAUGUGCCAGGAUUUGGUAGGCUUUUUGUGCCGCAGUGCUUAUCCUGAUAGUGCGACUUGGUCAACUCCUGCUGUCCCACCGCUCUGUUUGGAAGCCGUGCUUGCUCUUCUUCAACGUAUCACUUCCCGAUCUUCCCUCAUCACAGAACAGGAACCUCAAGAGGUUACAGAAGCUAUUGAGCGAAAACGGCGCAAGGAUAUCGAGAUUGUUGUCACUACUGAGUUCAACAAGUCUCCUAAAAAGGGAAUAGAGCUCAUGCUGGAGCGCGGUGUAAUCUCUGAGCAAUCGCCACAAGCAAUCGCCGCUUUCCUUCGCUCAUCUCGUCGUCUACACAAGGGCGAGCUUGGACGCUUUUUAGCCAGAGCUGUUAACAAGGAUAUUCUUAGAUCGUUUAUUGACGGAUUCGAUUUCACCGAGAAGCGCAUCGAUGAGGCUUUAAGAGAAUUCCUAUGCUGUUUCCGAUUACCGGGUGAGUCUGCAGAGAUUGAACCCAUUUUCGAGCGCUUUAGUGAGCACUAUAUUGCAAAUGGGUGUCAUUCUGAUCAAGUUGCGAAUGCUGAUGCUGCAUUUGUUCUGGCGUACGCAGUGAUCAUGCUCAAUACUGAUCAACAUAGCCCACAGGUGAAACGAAGAAUGGAGUUUGAUUCAUUCAAGAAUAAUUUACGAGGAGCUAAUAAUGGCAAAGACUUCAAUGAGGAUUAUUUGCGUGAAAUCUAUACGACUAUCAAGCACCGUGAGAUUGUUUUACCUGAGGAACACGAUACUGACGAAACCUUUGAAUAUGCAUGGCGUGAACUGCAGCUCUCGCUGCCGCAGGCAAGUGAAUUUGAAACUAAUGCCUCGCCCUAUAUUGACCGCUACGUUUUUGCCAACUCAUGGCGUCCUAUUGUCUCGACUCUAUCGUUUAUUUUUGCUACGGCAACAGAUGACGUUGUUUUCAGUCGUGUUAUCACCGGCUUCCGUCAAGCAGCUUCCCUCGCCGCGAAGUUUGAGCUGCAACCCGCCUUUGACCAUAUUGUGCGUUGUCUUGCUAAAAUUUCUACAUUGGCAAGUGGUGAUUUGGUAGUUCCAAAAACAAACCUUUGUGUUGCUAUAUACCGUGAUGAUGGAACCACGUACGACGUUAUUGUGAGCGACCUUUCUAGUCCGUUUGGGUCGGACCUCAAGGCCCAGAUGGCAUCCAUAACUAUGUUCAAAAUCUUCAGUGAUGCCGUUGAGAACAAGCAACUGGACGCAUUGUCACCUCAAGGCUGGGAGCUGUUUGCGCGUGUCGUGACAAACCUGUAUAUUUAUGAUUUGUUUGUGCCUCCAGGCCUCGAUAGGGUGCCUGCCGCCUAUCGCUUCGAGCGGGGUAAAGCAGGACGCAACGUAGGUAUUUUCAGCGCACUCAGUUCAUACUUGACGGCUAAUCCCGAUGAGCCCAGUGAGCCCAGUGAUGAAGAAGUGGAUGCGGCCCUUGGUGCUCAGGAUUGUGUGACUGCAUGCAACGUCUUGACUAUCGUUGAUAAUAUUAUCAAGAUCUGCGCUGAAAGCUCGGACAUUGCCGAGACUGCUAUUGAUGGAAUUAUGGCGGCAUUACCACCGGCAGGCUCCAAAUAUUCAGCAAGUCGGAUUAUGCUUUUGGAGUUGUCCCUAAAAAUGGCAGGCGGCCGUAGCGAACAUGCGGAGAAGAUUGCUUCUGUGUGUGCCAAUGCUGAAGGCAACUUUGAUGGUUUGGUUCCCUUACACGCGGCACUAGUUUCUGGUAAGCUGGAUCUUGUUGAUCAGAUGCUGGCAAACUUGGAGACUGCGGAUGGUUUGCUUUCUAUGCCUAACUUACCGGUGGGCAGUGCUAGGCUUUGGCAGUUACUGGAGACAAGUGAUUUAAGUCUUGCAGCUGCAUUUGCCAAAGAGCACAGUGCUGAAGUUACACCCGAGGCGCGUCCCGCAGCCGAGCAUGCACUUGCAGUACUUGCCUCUAAAGGAUCAGAAGACGCUCUGGAUGCACUUUAUGGAAUGCAAAAUCUGAAUAGGUCGCCCGAAGAGGUCGCAAGCUACUUGACGGCCCUGCAAGAGCCAUGCUACAUGGCGCUCACUAAGGAGCUACGGGAAGGAGCCGUCGCUCGACUCCAAAAGAUACUACUUGAGCAGCAAACUGCAAAGAGCGGAGAGUCUUGGCAACGCAUCUUUGAUGUAGCGGUUAUUGGCCUGCUGAAUCAACUGCUCAAGCCAGAGGUCUUUAACUGCGACGCAACAGGCAUGGAACGAACGCGCCAGCAGGCCUCAUCAUUGGGCGGAAAGGUGUUCUUGCACUACGCUAUGAGAAGUGAUGUGGAUAUUGAAAAACCAUGGCUGGCUCUCCUGAGAGUUCUGGAUCGUCUAUUGUCUUCCCGAAGGCAGCCAGCCUUACAGGAAAGCGUCACGGAGAUGCUAAAAAACGUGGUCCUAGUUAUGCGCAUGGCUGGCCAUGGUACAGAGGAGUUCUGGAACGAUUCUGAACGCCAACUCAAAGGAUUCGUCCCUGAAAUUGCCGCUCUUGUUCGCAAAAAUCUCGAACCCGAGCCUGUGCCCGAGCGCGAGCCCGAGCUGAGUACAGAGAAAACACCAGAGACUCCUGAGUCAAAGGUCGAGGAUGCGACUGCAAAUGAGACUGAAGAAGUGCCCAGCGAACAGGCGGAGACCCGGAAAAACGAAGAAUAA